AUGGCUUCUAUUCUAUUGGAUGCAUCUAAACAAUACUAUGCAACCAGCAGUCUUCUAGUGGGCUAUGCUUUGUGUUCUAGCUUGCUUGCUGUGAUUAACAAGUUUGCCAUUACCAAAUUUAACUCCCUGGGGCUCCUCACUACUCUCCAGUACUUAACUUCAGCUCUUGGUGUGUGGAUCCUUGGAAAACUGGGACUUCCAACAAAAUUGAAACCGGGAAAGCCAAAACCUUUCACACCAUUUUUCCCCAAAUUUCCCCUCGAUUCCCCCCACUCAAAACCCAUCCAUCUCCGGCCAAAAUCCGGUGAACCGAACGGCGGGCAACUCCAAAAUCUGGUGAAGAGGAAAGCCGAACACAUUGUUCCCGACAAUAGAGCCAUUUAUAUCAACCAUUUCUGUGGAACAUUUCUGACCCUAAAUGGCAGACAAAGAUAUUUAACAAAGAACAUGAAAAGGCUGAAGAUGCAAAGCCUUUUGCGAUAA